GCUGCCAGUCGGUACGGUUGAGGAAAAUUUUCUUUCUCCAGCUUCCGGUCAGAAAGCGUGUGGUUCACGGGCAACCUAGGUUCAGCAGACUGCCCGGUGCCGGACAGAGAACUUGUUGCUGCUUCGUGGUGAAGGCCGUUUAGCCUUUCCGCAAGGGAAAACCACGUGCUGCUCAGUAAGGGGUUUGGGUUGUCGGGGGUUUGUGUCUGUUUGCGUGCGAGCGAGUGAAGCAACAGGUUCAAACGGCCCCACCGCGGUUCGGUUUGGUGGUGUGGCGAAAAAAACCCGGGACCGGCCCGUGCUCGAGUGUAACGAACGCAGCAGGACACACAGCAGGGGAUAGGCAGCAGUGUGUGCGGCAAUAAUAAUGGCAUCGACAGAUUACGAUUAUUUAAUUAAAUUUCUGGCUGUGGGCGACUCGGGUGUCGGCAAGACCAGCUUUCUCUACCAGUACACGGACGGAGUGUUUCACACCAAAUUCAUCUCGACGGUUGGGAUUGACUUUCGUGAGAAGCGGGUCCUGUACACAUCCAACGGCAUCAACCAUCGGGUUCACCUGCAGCUGUGGGACACAGCUGGGCAGGAACGUUUCCGUAGUUUAACGACGGCUUUCUACCGGGACUCGAUGGGUUUUAUUUUGAUUUUUGACAUCACGAACGAGCAGAGCUUUCUGGACGUACAAAACUGGAUGGAGCAGCUGAAGACGCACGCCUACUGCGAGGACCCGGAGAUCAUACUGUGCGGAAACAAGGCCGACUUGGACCACCGGCGGGCUGUCAGUGAAACACGGGCCAAAAGUCUGGCCGAUAAGUACUGUAUCGAUUACAUCGAGACGAGUGCUUUCACCGGACACAACGUUAAGAUGGCCAUCGAAUUGCUGCUGGACAAGGUCAUGAAGCGGAUCGAAACGAUUGUGCUCAGUACGACGAUUCAGGCGCGGCGGGGCGUUCCAAAGCUGUUCGUUGACACGAAAGAUCCACCGAUCAAGCUCGAGAAGGGGGAGGAUGGCGAAGAGCAGCAGCCGGAGGCGUCCGGGUGCAGAUGUUGAAACAAGUGUCGUUUGAAAUCCAGCCACUAGUUUUUUUUAUACCUAGUUGUGAGAGCAGCAGCACUUUGUUAUUGAAGCAACGGAGGAAUGUUGGUUUGUGAGUUUCGCCUUAAAGGCGAAACCGAAACAAAAGUAAAAAAAAAAUAGUACAGAAUUUUGUGAGUUAGACAAUAUUUACAGACAAACGCAAAACCGGAUCAUAUUACAAGCCACAUCAGUAUUCAAUGUUGAUGGUUGAAUGUAGUUGGUGUAUUUAGCGAAGUAAAAUAUGAAAACAAACUGAUGGAAAAAAAGAAUAAAUAAAUGUCACA